AUGAAUGGCGGCGAUGAUUGCUCUGGUGUGGAUCGAGGUGGGCGCUCGGCAGUCACACCUGUGCCUGUGGGCUGGCAGCGCAGGGUGGAAGAGGGCAGAGUGUGCUAUAUCAGCCCUAGUGGGACAAGCUUGGCUUCACUGGAGCAGACUCGUGCAUAUCUGCUGGCGGACGGCACUUGCAAGUGUGGACUGGAGUGUCCCCUCAACGUGCACAAGGUUUUCAACUUCGACCCUGCAGCAAUGGUGAUUGGGAGUGAAGGCAGCAAGGGAGAUCAAGACAUGACCAAGCUCUGCAAUCACCGGCGGAAAAUAGUAGCAAUGGCGACACUUUAUCGCAGCAUGGAGAGCCAUGGACCGCUGGGCCUGCCACACCUGGGGCCAGGGGCUGGAAUGACUCUGCCAUCUCACCCGGCCAUGCCAGGGCCCAGCACUUGCCUGCAGCAGACUCUUUCCAGCAAAGCUCCAACCAGCUUGCCCAAGGGGCCGGAUCUCUCCUUGCAAUGUCCCUCUGAUCGUUAUGGCAGUGCCUGGUCCAGUCCAAGCUCUUCCUUUCCCCGCCAUCACAAUGCUCUCUUUGGGGAUGUCUUCCCAGGUCGCCUGCCGGCCACUGUCAAUGGCAGCGCCCGCCCGACUUUCCCGUCUGAGCUGAACGCUGCCGGGGGUUCUUUCCUGCCCAGCAAGACCUCCGCAGAUACAUCACCCCGGCCCUAUUCAUCCAGCAGUUUCCUCUUCCCCCUGCUGGAUGAGGUGGGGUCUGGUCAAGAGGGCAGCCCCUGGAGUGGUCGUUUCAUCCCUCAUGGGUCGCAGGCGAGUGCUGCCGGCUCGCCUGCCCCCACCAGCUUCUCCUCCGUUUCCUCGUCAGCAGGCAGCGCUGAGCCUUCUCCCCAGCGGUCCCGGCACUCCUCUGCCUCCUCCGAGCAGGGCCCCUCUGGACACCGCCUGGCUCCCAGGCCCUCCAGCUUGGACCCAAUACCUCCGACCAACGCCUUAACCAACCAAAGCAGCAAUAACCUGCCCUCAGUGCCCUUAGGAGCUGUUCCGGAAAGCAAAGGACCGCCUGGCCUGCUGCUCCUUCCUCCACAGGGCCCAGGCUCUUUCCCAGCCAGCAGUCUGUUGAGUGCAGCCGCCAAGGCCCAGCUGGUCGGCAGGGGGCGUCCUGACGAGCUGGCUGCCAGCACUUUACCCAACCGCUUGCUGCUGUCAGUGGUGGGCGGGCGGACACCUCGGCGGCAACGUCGCUCCCCCACUGUCCUGCGCCUGCUCAAGGAUUCCCACGCAGGACAGACAGGGGUCACCCAUCCUGAGGAGACACUGACCCGACACCCCUGGCCUCGGGACCAGCCCCCCGUAGGAGAGGCCAAGAAUGGACCCCCAAGCUCAGCCACCCCGGUACAGCCGCUGGCCUCUCUGCUCAGUCUACUGGCUCCUCCCGGGAGUUCACCUGCGCCAGGCCUGCCGCCACUUCUCCAGGCCCCUGCUGGCGACAGCCCCAAUUCUUUGCCCCCCUUCCAGGACUUCAACAGCCAACUCCUCAGCCUCUUUGGUCAGCUGGCCUCCACGUCUUCCGAACAGAUCUCAGGGAGUUACCUGCAGCCAAAACCUCCCACCUCCCCGCUUGCAUCCCAAGGACCCCCAGGUGCUGCUGCCUCAGCUUCACUCAUGACUCCCAGAGGCCUUCCCACCCCCAGCCCUGUUACUCUCACCACCGGCACAGUGGAAGGUGGGGGUGUGGGCUGCCCGCUGCCCACAGGCACCGAUCCAUUCCCCUUCCUGGCACAGGAACAAGCACUGCCGUUUGGGAAUGCUCUACCUCCUGGGCUGCUCCCCCUGGGCUCCUUCCCCUUCUCACUGACCCUGGGCCCAGAGACACCACUUCCCCCUCUUAACCUGCAGGAGGAGCCAGACGGACAGCCCUUGUUGCCUCUGGUGCUGCCCAGCCUGGAUUUGCUACAACAGCCAAGUGGGCUCCUGGCAUCACUGCUGGCACUGCCAGAGGCAGCUUGUGAAGGGCAGAGGGAAGCAGCAACCACGGAGCCAUUGUUGGAGCCCUUUGCCAGCUUGCCCGAAAGUCUGCAGCCCCUGCUCUUCCCAGCACUUUCCACCCCUUCAGCUGUCCUAGCUUUAAACUCGGCACUGUUGGCAACCGGCCUGGGCCCUUCUGACACAGGACCGAGCCCCACACAGACUGGCCUGGCUAGCACUCCUGUGGCACCUACCUCCACUAACAACGCACCGACAACUACUGAGGGUACCCCUAGUGCCUCUGGGCGGCUGAAUCCCCUAUUGCCCCAGCUUGUCAACCCGCUGCUGAGUACCACACUUCUGGGUGAUCUUCCAUCACUGAACCCAGCCUCAGGCCCCUCGUUGAUUGGGAGCCCUCUUCUCCAUGCCCAGCAGCCUCUUCUGCCACCCAGUCUACAAGGGCCUCUCGGAAUCCAGUUUUUCCAAGGACAGCUGCCCUUACUAGCAGGCUCCAACCCCCUGGCCUGCCUCCUCCAGACCUUACAGCUAAGCCCCGGCUUCAGUAUCCCAGAAAAACUGGUGCUACCCGGUGAACCUCCAGCUUCAGUCUUGUCCAGCGUGCUCCCUGUGCCAGAGACUGAGCCAAGCCACCAGGCUAUCUUGCCCCCUUGCACGGACACUGCCCUCACAAGUGCCUUAGAGACUCCCAGAGCCCUUGAGCCAACCCGGCAAGGAGAACAGGAGGCCCCUGCAGGGCAAGAGGCCUGUGGUUCCCACUCUCCCCACAAGCGGCUCAGAUGUAGCCCAGAAGAACUGAACGGGGACUCUGCCAGCAGCUUUCCGCGAGGGUCAUUCCGGGGCAGCAAGACUGGACGGCGUGGGGGUGGGCGGGGCGGCCGGGGCAGGCGGCACUUCAAUGGCCAACUUCCUGAGUUGGGCGCAGGACAUUUGUCGCAUCCCACCUGGCGUUGCAACGGAGAAAUGGUGGCUAGCAGUGCAGAAACCCAAGCAGGUCCAUUUGCUGUUCAGGAGAUAAAGGGCCCUCCAGGUAGGCGACCAGCCCGACGUGGUCGAAGGAGGAAAAGCAGUGGUGUCCGGCCCAGUGCCCGACCUGAAACUACACGGAUUCGGGGUCCUAGCAUUGAUCCAGGGUCCAGCCCAUUGGUUGACUACACUGUUGCUCGACGGCCUCGGCCUGGCCGACCUGUGAAAAACAGGAGGAGGAAAUUGGCCACAUAA